AGCUUAGACCUUCAGUAAUGCCAUCUCAGAAACAGAUUUUACAUAACAUCAGAGUCAAAGAUUGAUAACAAGCCUCAUGACGUUUAGGCAACACGUACAACUAAGUACUAAGUUAACAUCUUGUAGAAUAACCUACAUAAUGCCAAAAAAACAGCAUAAUGUCAAAAAAAAAUCGACAUAAUGUCACUUUUCAAGAUACGUGAUACCCGUGCCGUCUACAGCAGCAUCGUCACUUACAACUCAUACACCUUAAUAAGUUUUCAAGAAAAUACCUAUUCUUUGUCCGAGCAACUACCAAUGAGAAAGUUCUACUGAUUCAAUGGUUAUACCAAAACAUGCCCGAAAAUUACAGUUACUCCCUCUGAGCUUAGCACGGCAGUAUAUAUCGCAAGGAACUGUUUCCUACAAAUCAGGGUGAGCGUAAUCAUCUGUCAGUCGUGACACUCACAACAAACGGCAAAAGAUGAAUGCGCCCUCUGUUAGAUAUAAGCGAGAACCAUUCAACCUUGUCUUGGCGUCAAGCAGAUUGACUCGGUUGACUUUGACCUCGGAAAACUCCAUAAAUUCCAGGAACAUCACUCAUGGCUGUUAGAUUUGAUGUAUACCAGAAUAUUCAAAACCGUUUUUACGUUACUCGAGCAUACCAGUUAUGAUGAGGAAACUUCAAAAUAACACUUUAAAAUGUCUACUGUAAGUCGAUUUAAAUUAGUGCGUAGGAAGUAUGAACUCUACUGAAUCAACCUACGUGACAAUUUUUAUUCAAAUGCAGCCGUGGCGGCAGCUCCUGAAUACUGUUUUUUCCUUUUGGAAAGCUUUUAAACACUUUCAACAGUUUCACUUUCCAAGUGUUUUAUGUUUGCAUUGGAUUGUUCGGUAGUUGAUUUCAAUUCAUAUUGGAUGUUUGGGGUAUUAAAAAAAAACACCAAAAACCCAUUCCUCAUUACUUGCGAUAUGUAACAUACUCUCAGUAAAUCUCUGUAUCUCUGUGUUUAAACGUUUAUUCGAUAAACAGAUUAUGG